CGUCCGUCCUACUUGGCUGGAAAAGUUCUCAGUUUAAAUUAAACUUCGGCGAGAUUGGAAAGCUGGUCAUCUCGAGUUUCAUAAACUACAAAAAGCAUCAGUAACAGACUGAUCUGACUACUGAGCCCUUUGACAAGAAAACAAGACCAACAUGUCGGCAAACGAACCGUAUUUUUUGAACGUAACCGUGGAGAGUCCUGCAAGUCCCACAAGUCAAUUCACUUCCCUUGAAGAACGAAAUACUCUUGAACUAACACAAGCUGUGAUUCUGUGCACCGUGUUGGGCGUCGCCAGUGUUCUUGGAACACUUGGGAACUUAUUAGUCUUAACUUCCAUCAUCAAGUUUGAUUAUUUGAGAGAAAUUCCUGACUUUUUUAUUUUUAGCUUGUCGUUGUCUGACUUUCUUGUCACAGCAAUCUUUCAGCCCUUGCAAGCUUACAAAGUCACACAUUUGAUUCAAGUCUCCGGGAUUGUAGCAUUUUCGGAAAUAACGAGUCUUCUCGGGCAUAUCUCACUGAUUGCAUCCAUUUCAAACAUGUUUGGAGUAACUGUGGAACGCCUGAUUUCCAUUCGCUUCCCUUUGAAGUAUGAUUUCCUAGUGACUAAAUUUCGAGCCAAAGUCACCAUAAUCUGCAUCUGGAUUUUUUCGUUAUCCUAUGGAACAGUCUGGACACAGGACCUUGCUCCAAAAGAAUACAUGGCCAUUUAUUUCGUCCUGGUCCUCGUUGGAACAGCAUCGAUCUAUUUUUACAUAUUUCUCAUCGCCAGACGACUCGAAGGCAGAAUGGUUCAGACACAAAGAGAAUCAACAGACGCUGGAAUUCCUAACAGACGCCGAGAGAGAAAAGCUGCAAAAACCAUUGCAACCAUUUUAGGGGUUGCAGCUCUAUGCUGGCUUCCUCUUUUGAUCGUUCCAAACGUUCUCCCCGAGAAUUUGGAUCAUGCAACAUUCAUGAAAAUUUUCUUUCCUCUUCAGACUUUGUCGGUUUGUAAUUCCUCGAUCAAUCCUUACAUUUAUUGUGUGAGAAGCUCCAGGUAUUCCGUAGCGUUUACCAAGCUGCUUGGGUUACAAAAAAUUUUUAACUACAAAGUACAAGCUAAGGACACCAAAGGUUUGUCCGUUUGUCGUACUCAAGGCGAUGUUCCAAAACCAGAUACUCAGGCCCCUCAGAAAGACAUCAAAGAUGUCGCUUUGUAAUGAAACAAAGCAGAGAGAAACCAAAAGUUUUACGAAUUUUAAAUAAUUUCGGCCUCUACCUGUGAUUCGAUGGACUUUUCGCAACUCUGGGAGUAAUUGCAUACAUAUCAAAUUGAAAGCACUUUACCACAAGAUUAUCAAGUUCAGUCGAAUCAGAAGACACGACAGAUCGCAGGAAGGCAGGAGGGCAAACUUUGAAUUUUCUUUAUAACCAUACAGCUGUGCAUUAGUAGCAUGAUUUUCACCAAACGCAGGUAGCGUCCGGUUGUUCACAAGAGUGCAGAAAAACAAAAGGCCAACAGAACUAAUGCAACUGGGAAGCGAAGACAGGCCAUGAAGUCAAGGGUAAGCAAGCCACUGUCUGCUGACACCAUCCUUUGCCCUCACUGCCGUCUUUUCUUCAGGGCUAGGAUUGGAAUGCGCUCGUACGUUAGAAGAUCUCCUUGACCUCUAGAUGACUAUAUCGUCUUCG